AUGGCACCAUUGCUGGAAGAACCAGCUGUUGUCCCAACUCAUCGUCACUUUACUGUCCCUAAAAAGGAUACGACUACACAGCACAACAAAUUCCUCUACGAGCCAGGACGCACCACAGUCAAGAACCACGAAAGCUAUCCUUAUGAAGACCUCUUGCCAUCGUUUCCAGACAUCCAGUGGGAGGCCUUGAAGGGCAUCCCAUACGAAGAUAGAGGACUGCGGGGGGACCCGCAGUUCCGCAACCUACUCCAAGAUGCCACUGAUAUCUUCGACUACACACCGAGAAUUGGGACUGAGAUCCGUGGAGUCAACCUGGGAAAGCUCAACGAUGCGCAGAGGGACGAUCUCGCUCGUUUGAUUGCCGUUCGUGGUGUGGUCUUCUUUCGAAACCAGAAGGACUUUGAUAUACAAGCCCAGCGAGAACUGGGGAAGUACUUCGGGACAUUGCACAAGCAUGCCACUACAGCUGUACCAAAGAAGAAGGGCCUGGAAGAUGUCCACGUCGUCUACACCAAAGAAAACGCCGGUGACCAGCGAGCACUAUUCCCCCCUAGCUUUCUCUGGCAUUCAGACGUGACCUACGAGGUCCAGCCGCCAUCAUAUACAUCACUAAAGGUCCUAACAGGACCUCCGCGAGGAGGUGGCGGUGAUACACUUUGGUCAUCCCAAUACGCAGCAUACGACGCACUCUCAUCACAUAUGCAAAAUUACCUCAAGGGCUUGACUGCCCUUCACUCAGCGAACAUGCAGGCAUCAGAUUCGCGAGCCCUUGGUCGGACUGUUCGUCGCGACCCAGUGACCACAGAGCAUCCUCUGAUUCGCACAAACCCCGUGACUGGCUGGAACAGUCUCUUCUUCAACCCUGGCUUCGUGACCAAGAUCGUGGGUAUCCCCAAGACAGAGAGCGAUGCCAUCAUCAAAUACCUCACCGAAAUCAUCGCGACCACGCAAGAAGCCCAUGUUCGUUUCCAAUGGGGCGAGGAUGAUGUGGCCUUGUGGGAUAAUCGAACCACAAAUCACUCCGCUUCCUAUGGCUUUGCUCCCCAUCGUCGGCACGCUGUCCGAGUGGCUUGCCACGGCGAACGUCCCUACUUGAAUCCAGAGGGCAAAUCCCAAGAGGAGGAGUAUAAUAAAUACUACGGUCUGCCCCCCGUGAACAAGGAUGGCUCUCGCCAAUCCAACUAUAAUGAUUGA